AUGGAUUUGUCGGAUUUCGAAUACAGCGAUGCCGGAGAGUCAGGUUGGACAAUGUACUUAGACCAUUCAUCUUCUGUUUCAUUGCAUCAUUUGGAUGAUGCCAAUGGAGAAACAAACCAAGAACAUGAUGAAGAUUCUUCAAUGGUGUCGGACGCAUCUUCCGGGCCUCCCUAUUACUGUGAAGAGGCCGUUCCUGAAGAUCUCCUCCAACAAAACACACAGUACUGGUGCAAGAGCAUAAUCAUGAACAAGACCAAGAAGAAAGUUCAUGAUGAACAAGGAUAUAUUAAACAAUUUAAUUCUUGCCUUGAUGACACAGCUAGUUCACGGGUAUUAUUUUACAAACAUUUUUUUGAACAAGCUUUAUACAAUUCUUAA